UGCUUCCCUCCCAACACUCGCCCUCUAGCGCGUCUCCUCCCAACCUCACUCUCCAAGAGCAACUCUCACAGAGAGCGAGCAGAGCUAGGAUCACCGAUUUCGCUCCAGUCCAGCCGUCUAGGGUUCCUCUACCCCAACAAAUUCAAAACCUGAUUCGAUUACUUCCUUUCUCUGCGGCCCAAAACCCUAAAUUUCCUCCGCCUUCCCCUCCAAAAACCCUAAUGCCCUACAUUCCAAAUUCCCCCUAACCCCUAAAUCCUGGGGUUUUAAAAUCCUCCAUCAAGAUAGGGUUUUUGUUUCUGGACUUCUCCUUAGUCAAAAAAAAAACUAAAGAUAUUACCUUUAAAUCGUUUCGGUUUCCAGGGUUUUCGUUCAAAUUAGGGUUUUUGGGAGCUCGUUUACAUGUAUGGCUUCAGGGCUACUAGGCGGUGACGAAGCGAGAGAGAAGAAGCGCAGGUGGGAGGAGAGCAACCACGUCUAUUCCCGGAAGCACCACAAGAAAUCCAAGAAUUCCAACAAUGUGUCCUCCCAAACCCUAGCCACCACCACCACCGAAGACAACAACUCUCAGCCGCCGCGGAGUUUCGAUGAGGUGGCUUCCGACGAUUCGUCUAGCCUCAAUCGCCCGCAGCCGGUCGCACAGGGCGGCCGUGAGCUCGCCAAUGGGAAUGACUUGCCGGGUUAUUCGAGGUUCCAGGACCGGGUUAGGAUUAGCGUGAGUUCGAGGCCGAAGAGUGAGGUUAGAGAGCUUAGGAGGAAGCUAGUGAGUGAGCUUGACCAAGUGAGGGGCCUAAUGAAGAAGCUUGAAGAUGCGGUUGAUAGGGUUGGGAGUGCAAUGAGGGUAAAUUCGGAGGUGGGUUCGAAUUCGAAGCCGUUUCGGGCUGUGGCGGAGACUAAGGAUCAAUGGGUUGGUGAAUUAGUGGAGAAAGAGAAGAGGGCGCCCAAGGAAAAGCAGUAUUAUAAGAAUUCGGAUUUGGUUUCAGGGAAGGAGAGUAAAAAGAAGUUGAAAUCCAAUGGAGGGAAGAGGGAUGAUGGGCUUGAAAAGGGAUUCAGAGUUGAUAAGGAUUGGCAUUCGAGUCCGGUGUUCAAGAGUUGUGGUGAUUUGCUGGUCAAGUUGAUGAAGCAUAAGUUUGGUUGGGUGUUUAAUAAGCCAGUGGAUGUGAAGGGUCUCGGACUUCACGAUUACUAUACCAUUAUAAAGCACCCUAUGGAUUUGGGAACGGUGAAGACUAGGCUGAACAAGAAUUGGUAUAAGUCGCCGAGGGAGUUUGCAGAGGAUGUAAGACGUGCAUUUAGUAAUGCCAUGUUGUAUAAUCCGAAAGGGCAGGAUGUUCACUUCAUGGCUGAGCAGCUGUCCAAGAUAUUUGAGGACCAGUGGAAGCCCAUAGAGGCCGAGUUUAAGCGUACUAGGAGAGUUGAAAUGGCUCGUGAUGCAGCUUUGUCAACACCCACAUCAAGAAAGGCUCCAAUGCUAGCUCGAGCUCCGGCUCCAGCUCCAGCUCCUGCUCCUGCUCCUCCACCACCAGUGGAAAUGAGGACUUUGGAUAGAGCAGAAUCUAUGACAAUGCCUGUGGAACCCAAAAUGAAAGCUGCUAGCUCUAGUCAGCUGGGUAGGACCCCCCUUCCGAAGAAACCAAAAGCUAGGGAUCCUGAUAAAAGGGACAUGACUUACGAGGAGAAGCAGAGGCUCAGCUUAAACCUUCAGAGUUUGCCUUCGGAGAAACUAGAUAAUAUUGUCCAGAUAAUUAGGAGGAGGAAUCCUGGGAUUUUUCAACAAGAUGAUGAGAUUGAAGUGGACAUGGGAAGUGUUGAUCCAGAAACACUUUGGGAACUAGAUAGAUUUGUGACCAAUUACAAGAAGAGUUUGAGCAAGAAUAAGAGAAAAGCUGAACUUGCUCCUCAUUCAGAGGCAGAAACCGACCAUGCUACCCAGGAGACAAAUGUGGCUCCAGCCAUUGCCGAGGCACCAAAAGAAAAUGAACCAGCUGAAAACAAUGCUACCAAAUUCACCCCAGUUCAAGGAAAAAAGCAAGGUGAUAACGUGAGUGGAUCGAGUAGUUCCAGUGGUUCUAGCAGCGGCUCUGGAUCCUCUUCAAGUGAUUCUGACAGUGAUAGUCGCUCUGUUUCUGGAUCAGAUGCGGAGCAUUUACCAUAAACUUAAGAGGAUCCAUUUGAGUUGUUAAAGGUGGGAGAUGUAGGUUGAUCUGCAACUGUGACAACUGAAGAUUUGAGAUGCUGAUUUUGAGUGGGAUAUGGUUUGGUGUAAAACCAUUCAAGGUGCUUUGCUUUUCGGUUGCUCUGUAAAAUGUUUUCUGUUCGGAAUAUUUAUAGUGCUUACAACUGUUUUUGCAGCAUUUUGUAUGAUAAAGUAAAUACCCUAAUGACAGGAACCUUUUUUUGUUUUUUUUGUAACAAAUGUUCAUUGCCACCAACCGCUAGUCACCCUGAUUUGAGAAUGCUGAUGCUAGGGUUUCCUGUUUGUCCUGUAAGCAUUUGCGUCAACAUUGUUGGUCAUUUAAAUUUUUUAUUUUUUCUUUUAA